AUGAUGAACUUCAUUUCAGUACUUUAUCUAGUGACCGCUGCCGGUGCAUCAUUCAUACCCAUCAACGUUUCACAUAAUGUUCCUCAUUAUGCGUCUGCAGCCGUGAACCCUUCCUUUCUCGGAUUUGCAUUUGAAGAAACUAGUUUUGUCUACUAUGGUGGAAACAAAACCUCUCCCGAUAUUGCGUCCCGAAACUUAGUCCAGGUUAUUGCAAACAAAACCCAGGCAAGGCCUUUGAUUCGCGUUGGAGGAACCUCACUUGACCAUGGAACGUUCAACGCGAGCCAAAAAGAAGCAAUCACUAUCCCACCCAGUGAAGUCGGAAGUGGUAUACCAAAAGGCAUACAGAUCGGGCCUUCCUUUUUUGAAAGCUUUGCCAAUUUUCCAACCGCCCAGUUCAUGCUGGAUAUUCCUUGGGCCGAGCAGAAUCUCAACAACUCAAUUGCUUUUUCCCGCGCCGCCUACAGGGCCAUUGGGAAGGAUCGUCUGUUUGCUUUUGAACUGGGUAACGAACCGAAUAAUUAUGGUCGAUUCAAAGGGGGAGACAAGAGGGAAAAAAUGGAAUCAUACGCAAAGGAAUGGGCGCAGUGGACUGACGCCAUUGAUGACGCCGUUGGGGUUGGAAGUUCAUCGAUUUGGCAGGGUGUCGUCCUAUCAAGCGAGACCGGAGGUAGAACACACUUUCCAGGGGGCACGAGUAAAGACUGGAAAAUACCCGACCUAUUCGAGAAUGGACUGGAGCAGUACGCGGACCGCAUGAAAUCUGUGGCAAUGCAUUACUACCAAACACAAGAAAACCCCAACACAGAUAUCCAAGCCGAUCUAUUAAAUCAUACUGCCGUUGUGAAAGGGUCUGAAUUCAUACGCAAGGCAGUGAAAUACCUCAGAAACCCAAAACGUAACAUCCCCGUCUAUCUUGCAGAAGUUGGCAACACCCUGGGGAAUGGUACAAAGUACAUCCAGCUUGAAGGAAGCCUCGGGUCCGCCCUAUGGCAAAUUGACUUCUCUCUAUACGCUAUGUCGAUCGGUGUCACAGGAGUAAACAUUCAAUGCGGAACUAAAUUUCCCUUUUCUCUCUGGAGACCCAACAUCAACCACACUCACGGUGAGGUACUACCUGCAUUUUAUUCCCAUAUAUUCAGUGCUGAAUUCAUGGGGUCGAGCGGGAACACCCGUGUAACCAAUAUCGACCUGGACUCGCCAUUUUUGUCAUCCUAUGCAGCGUAUGAGAACGGCAGCAUCGCGAGAGUAGCAAUAAUCAACUUGCGUCAGUCUGAUGGAUCGUUGAGCGAGAACGAUGCGGUGAGGGUAGCCUUGUCUGUUGGUGAUGACGUUAAGACAGCCGAGGUGAAGAAACUGAGCAGUCCAAACGGAGCGGCGGCAACUGCAGAGACGAUCUCAUUCGACGGAACACAAUGGGUAUAUGAAGAUCCGCGUACCGAAAAGAAGGUCAAAAAAUACACGAAGUCCUCAUUGUCGAUAAAUGGCGGCACUGUCGAUUUAGAGGUCAAGUCCAGCGAGGCGGUGAUCGUCUAUUUGGAAUGA